AAAAAAACGAGGGGCAGCCGGUUCGCAGCCGUGACGGUCCGCAGGCAGCCCGGACUGUCAUCAGAAGCACCACACCAAACAGCGUAGGCCAGGCAUGGCCGCCACGGCCGCCGCGCCGACGGCGACCACGUCCCCACAGAGGCCAACCACCAACUCCAAGUUUACAGUGUUUUUAAGGAGCAGCGACCGCAGCGGCACCUUAAAAGUGCGCCUCCCGAAGCGCAAGACCGCCCAGGCCGUCCUGCGGGCCUUCGCGGGCGCGGCGCUGGGCGAUGCGUCGAAAGCCGAGGGGCUGCACCUACUACAUCCCGUGAGCGGUGCGCCGCUCGCGCCGAAAUCCCGCAUCGGCGACGUCGCGCGCGACGGGGAUGUGCUCGACGUGGCCGCGCGGCCGCCGGCCUCGCCGCAGGCGACGCCGCCGCGCAGUCCGCCCCAGCGGCGGUCGCUCGCGCAGGAGCGGAGCGCGUUGCGGACGCGGGAAAUGGUGCGCGAGUCGACCGUCGCGGUGGACUCGAUGCGCGCGCGCCUCUCGGCCAUGGGCAUCCUGAAAGCGCCGCGGUCGCCGCCGCAGACGCCCUUGGAUCUUCCGCCGCCGUCGCCGCGGGAGCCGCCGCCCCGGCCACGUCCAGACCCGCACGCGUCUUUGCGAGAGGAGCUCGUCCAGCUGGCGCGGACGGACGCGGCGGCGUUUGAAGAAUUGGUGGAAGCGGCAAGGAGAGAGGGACGACGGGAGUCCUAAAUACAAAGAACAAA